AUGGAGGAAAUGGUGAUAUGGGCAAGGAAGAAAACAGGUUCUCCGGUUAUUAGAAUAAACUCGGUUGAUGAGGCAAAUGGAUUUCUCAAGCAGCACUCUAAGUAUGCAAUUGGGAUCUUUGAUAAAUUUGAGGGACCUGAGUAUGGAGAGUUCAAAAAAGCUGCAACAACAGAUGAUGAAAUUCAAUUUGUUGAGACAAACAGCAAAGAAGUAGCUGAAGUUUUGUACCAUGUUGGGAAGCUCGACAAACCAUUUUUUGGUCUUGCUAAAAGCGAACCAGAAAAAUACCCGCCAUUAGAUGGAAACUUGACAUCAGACAGAAUAUUGCAAUUUUUGGAGAAUAAUAAGUUCCCAUUAGUUAACGUAAUGACUGAGCUCAAAUCUGCUAAAGUAUUCUCCAGCACAAAUAAACGGCAGGUGUAUGUUUUUGCUGAGGCUGAUGACUUGAAGAAGCUUACCGAGUCAUUACAGGAAGUUGCCAAGAAGUUCAAGUCUGAGGUUAGAAGCUAUGUCUCGGGUGUCAGAAUUGCAGGAUUGCACUAUGUUGCAUGUAAGACUUUCUUUUUUCCCGUGCUUUUUUUUUUUUAA